CCCCCGUGCCUCUCGGUCCCUCCCUGGGAACAGGCGCUGCCCACCCAAGGAGGCGACCGGCGCUCCUGCCCCGCCGCCGCUCGCUCGCUCACUCACACACAUCACCGACACACACACAUAAACCGUGCGUGCGCCUCUCGCUCCCGCACUGGAGUCAGCGCUUGUGCCUGCAGGUUGCUCAGACCUGAAAUCUAAGGGAAAAGCUCAGCGUUUGCGUCGCUGCUCCUGCCGCCGGUGGUGGUAGCGGUGAAGAGGAGAGGCGGUUGUGGGGUUUUUUUGCUUGGUGGCUUUUUUUUUUCUUCCCCCUUGAAUUCAAUGGAUCUGAACUUGGAGCCUUUAGACCUCGGCGGUAUUGGAAUAUCUACAUGCUGAUCAUCUUUGUUGUGACACAUCAAGUCGUUUGGGGAAACCAUCCGAAGACAGCAAGAUGUUUCUCGUUCUCUUGUACUUCGCUUUGCCCUUAGUGGAAGUGAGCGGGCUGCCUGGAGGGGAGCGCCUGGACUGCGUGAAAGCCAGCGAUCAGUGUCUGAAGGAGCAGAGCUGUAGUACUAAAUUCAGGACACUGAGGCAGUGUGUAGCCGGCAAAGAGAGCAACUUCAGCCGGGCCACGGGCCUGGAGGCCAAGGACGAAUGCAGGAGCGCCAUGGAAGCUCUCAAGCAGAAAUCCCUGUACAACUGUCGCUGCAAGAGGGGCAUGAAGAAGGAGAAGAACUGCCUGCGCAUUUACUGGAGCAUGUACCAGAGCUUGCAGGGAAAUGACUUGCUUGAAGAUUCCCCUUAUGAGCCAGUUAACAGCAGACUAUCAGACAUAUUCAGGCUAGCACCAAUGGUAUCAGUGGAGCCAGUACUCUCAAAGGGGAACAAUUGCUUGGAUGCAGCCAAAGCUUGCAACCUAAAUGACACCUGCAAGAGGUUCAGAUCUGCUUACAUCACCCCCUGCACCAGCAGCACGUCCAACGAGAUCUGCAACAAGAGGAAAUGCCACAAGGCGCUGCGGCUGUUCUUCGACAAGGUGCCCCCGAAGCACAGCUACGGGAUGCUCUUCUGCUCCUGCCGAGACGUGGCCUGCACGGAGAGGAGGCGCCAGACCAUCGUUCCCGUGUGCUCCUAUGAGGACAGGGAGAAGCCAAACUGCCUGAAUUUGCAAGAGUCCUGUAAGAAGAAUUACAUCUGCAGAUCUCGCCUUGCAGAUUUCUUCACAAACUGCCAGCCCGAGUCACGCUCUGUUAGUGGCUGUCUGAAGGAGAACUAUGCUGACUGCCUGCUCGCUUACUCGGGGCUCAUUGGCACCGUGAUGACCCCGAACUACAUUGACUCCAGCAGCCUCAGCGUGGCCCCGUGGUGCGACUGCAGCAACAGCGGCAACGACGAGGAGGAGUGCAAGAAAUUUCUCAAUUUCUUCCAGGACAACACAUGCCUUAAAAAUGCAAUUCAGGCCUUUGGCAAUGGCACUGAUGUGAAUGUCUGGCAGCCAAUCUUACCAGUACAGACCACUACAGCCACAACCACGACAGCUUCCAGACUGAGAAACACAGGGUCAGAGACCACCAACAACGAAAUACCCUCCCACAAUGAUUCACCAGCAUGUGCAAACCUGCAGGCACAGAAGAAGCGAAAAUCCAAUGAAUCUGUAGAUACAGAGCUCUGUCUUAAUGAGAACGCUCUGGGGAAGGACAACACAGCGGGCGUCUCCACCAGUCACAUAUCCGCGGAGAAUUCCCUGGCCAUUCCCACCAGCUCCUACCUAAGCACACAGCUCACCCUGAUGGCACUUGCACUCUCACUCUCUUUGUCCCUAAGCUCAUCAGUCGUCUUGUAGCUGCAUUACAAAAGGACAAAAGUGUUAAAAAAAAAAAAAAAUCCCCCCCAAAAAAAUAAAUCUGUUUGCUGUCCUCUGUUGUUUAUCUGGAAUUCCAGGUCUGGGAGCUAAGCUGAGGCACUCCUGCUAGAACAGUCUCAGUCAGCUGGAAUUUUAUUUUUUUUUUCUCUCUAAAAAAAGCUUCUUGUGAUAUUUAGAGGCUUUGUGAAAUACUUGGUGCAGUGCUACAUUCCAAACCCAAAAGGCUUUUGGGCAUGCUGUGUUUUAAAGAGACAGUGUGUAAAUUUGCCUGUAAAGCGACCUGGUUGGAUUAUUUUAAUAAUUAUUAUUUUAAUUCUGGCUUUUACCUGAGAAAGAAGAUGAUGGUUUUCUUAAAAUCUUGUUUAUCUCAUUGAAUGGUUUUGGUUUUCAAAUUGAUUGAACUUCAGACUAUCAAGGAUGCCAGGCUUUUGUCUAAUGGUGAAUGUUCUCCCAGAGAGUGGACUUUAUGAAACUCCUUCAUUUGAUAAAUCGCUACUGAUGUUAAACUCUUUCAGUGUGUUAGCAUUUUCCUCUUUAAAUGUUUACGUACUGUAAGUGAUUCUGCGUUCCCUGCUGAGAAGCCAUUCUAAUUCACAUACAGGUAUAAUGUAUGUCUUUCAGUUCAAUUCUCAUAGAGUGUGGCGUAGAACCUCCUAACAGUACAUUUAUCUUUUAAUUAUAAUCAUCUAGCCUUAACAAGAGUGAAGAUUCUUUACAUUAGCAAGAUGCAGCCAUUGUGAAAGCUUGAUAAAGAUACAUUUCUUUAAAUAUGAGGAACAAAUAUUGCUACAGGGUUUCAGCUGUACAGUCUAUGGUCUUCUAUGCUUCCAUUGUGAUAAUAUAGUCCAGUUAUUAUACUCUUUGUUUAAUAAAAAAAUGACAUACAAUUUA